CCAGCAGAGGCUUCAGUAGAUCCAAUGAGGGGACGCCGCGUUCUGGGCCCAUUGCAGAAGCAAGCCGGUGAUAAGGGCGACUGAAAAAGUGUGAACGCAAGAUCCCGUAUAUAUUUGCUCACAACUGGGUAACAAAUAUCCGGAAGAAUUGGCAGUGACGGUCUCAUUUGGAUAAUCUGAAGAAAGCUCACCAUGGCGAGGGCAAAGCUUCCAUUUGCUGCCCUAUUGUGUCUUUUCCUUGGAAUGUUUCCAUCUCACACAGAGGCUGUGGCUGUCAUGUCAAUAGAUCUAGGGAGCGAGUGGAUGAAGAUGGCAAUAGUUAAACCUGGUGUGCCGAUGGAGAUUAUUCUCAACAAAGAGUCAAGGAGGAAAACACCUGUCGUCGUAUGUCUCAAGGAAAAUGAAAGACUUUUCGGUGACAAUGCUUUGGGAGUGUCUGUGAAGAACCCUAAAACUGUCUAUCGACACCUGCAAAAUCUCCUGGGCAAAAAGCAAAGCAACCCCCAGGUAGCCCUUUACCAGAAACGCUUCCCUGAGCACCAGCUGCAAGUCGACGAAGUGAGAGAUACGGUUUACUUCAAAAACUCUGAGACAUCGCAGUACAAACCAGAAGAGCUCCUUGGGAUGAUGCUCAAUUAUUCUUGUGGACUGGCUCAGGACUUUGCAGAACAACCUGUCAAAGAUGCGGUCAUCACGGUUCCGGCUUUUUUCAACCAGGCAGAACGCAGGUCAGUCAUGCAGGCUGCACAGUUGGCAGGUCUGAAGGUCCUUCAGCUCAUCAACGACAACACAGCCGUGGCCUUAAAUUAUGGGGUCUUCAGAAGGAAAGAUAUUGACAGCACAGGCAAGAAUGUGAUGUUCUAUGACAUGGGUUCAGGGAGCACAACUUGCACCAUUGUCACAUAUCAGACUGUAAAAACAAAGGAUUCUGGGACCCAGCCGCAGUUGCAGAUCCGAGGUGUUGGGUUUGAUCGUGGAUUGGGUGGAUUUGAGAUGGAUUUGCGUCUACGGGAUCAUUUGGCAAGGCUUUUCACAGAGCAGAAGAAGACCACCAAAGAUGUGAGGGAGAACCAUCGUGCCAUGGCCAAGCUCCUCAAGGAGGCACAGCGGCUGAAAACCGUGCUCAGCGCAAAUGUAGAAUUUAUGGCCCAGGUGGAAGGUUUGAUCGAUGAAAUUGACUUCAAGGCCAAGGUGACGAGAGCAGAGUUUGAAGAGCUGUGUGCCGAUUUAUUUGAGAGAGUUCCGGGCCCCGUGCAGGAUGCUCUCAGUGCUGCUGAAAUGAAUCUGGAUGAAAUUGAACAGGUGAUUUUAGUCGGUGGAGCAACCCGUGUCCCUAAAGUUCAAGAAGUGUUGCUCAAAGCAGUUGGGAAAGAGGAGCUGGGUAAAAACAUCAAUGCCGACGAGGCCGCAGCCAUGGGUGCAGUAUACCAGGCCGCUGUCCUCAGUAAGGCUUUCAAAGUCACACCAUUCUUGGUCCGAGACGCUGCUGUUUUCCCUAUUCAGGUGGAGUUCACUCGUGAGGUUGAGGAAGAAGGCUCCAAAACCUUGAAACACAACAAACGUAUCCUCUUUCAGAGGAUGUCGCCCUACCCACAGCGAAAGGUCAUCACAUUUAACCGCUACACCGACGACUUUGCUUUCAACAUAAACUACGGAGACCUCAACUUCCUGUCACAGGAAGACCUCAGUAUGUUUGGAUCACUCAAUCUGACAACAGUGAAGCUUUCUGGAGUGGGCAGCAGCUUUCAGAAGCACACCGAUGCAGAGUCCAAGGGCAUAAAAGCCCACUUCAACAUGGAUGAAAGUGGAAUCCUUCAACUGGAUCGGGUAGAGUCUGUAUUUGAAACUGCUGUGGAGGAGAAAGAGGAGGAAUCUACGUUAACAAAACUGGGGAACACAAUUUCCACAUUGUUUGGAGGAGGAUCCCCCGAACCUGCUUUCAAUGUGACCGAACCCGUCCAGGAUGAGGAGGAGGUUCCCCCAGAGUCUGGAACUGAUGGCAGGGAUGACAAUGGAAAGGAGGAUACCCAAAAAGCGGGGGCUGCAAAGGAGCAGUCUGAAAAAAGUACCACAGAAGAGAAAAGCCAGAAGACGGAGGAUGCAGACUCCACAACUGACAAGGAGGAAAAGGACACUGAAAAGAAAUCAACAGAGAAGCACGAGGAAAAGCUGGCAAAACCUCAGAAGAAGACCAAGAUCUCUGAAGACAUCACUAUUGAAGUCAUCCUCAACGAUGUCCUGGAUCCCACUGCUGAUGAUCUCACAGCCUCCAAAAAGAAGCUGCAGGACUUAACCGAUCGAGACCUGGCCAAACAAGAACGGGAAAAGAUGCUCAACAGCCUCGAAGCUUUUAUCUUUGAAACGCAGGACAAGUUAUACCAGGAGGAUUACCAGCUGGUGGUGACGGAACAGGAGAGGGAAGAGAUGUCCUCCAAACUGAGUGAAGCGUCGGCGUGGAUGGACGACGACGGCUACUCGGCCAGCACCAAGCAACUGAAGGAGAAGCUUUCUCAACUGAGAACCAUGUGCAAAGAUAUGUUUUUCCGAGUGGAGGAGCGGCGCAAGUGGCCCGACCGCCUUGCCGCCCUGGACACCAUGCUGAACACCUCCAACUUCUUCCUGCGGAGCGCAAAACAAAUUCCAGAAGAUGACCAAAUCUUUACAGAAGUUGAGCUGAACAUGUUGGAAAAAGUGAUCAAUGAGACAGCGACAUGGCGAAAUGAGACUACAGCUGAACAGGAGAAACGCUCCCCCAAAGAGCGUCCGGUUCUUCUCUCCAAAGACAUUGAAGCAAAGCUUUCCCUGCUGGACAGAGAAGUCAACUAUCUGCUCAACAAGGCCAAGUUCGCCAAACCCAAGUCUAAAGCCAAGGCCAAGAAUAGCACCAGCUCUGAUAAGAGCAGCAAGGCCAACGGCACGACCGAAGAAAAAGUCAUCCCUCCCACUGUGGAAAGUGAAGACAAAAAGACUGAUGUCGAAGACAAGCCGUUAGACAGUCUCCCGCCCACCGAGGAAGGCACAGAAGAGACAGAAUCCGAUAGCCAACCACAGCUCACAGACGACUCAACUACAGGAACAAGCGAGAAUGGCAAACAUGAGAACCACCUAGGAGAUGAAUUGUAACAAGCGGAACUGGGAAAUUAUCACACUUAUUUAUUGACAGUGUACAUUUUUCUGAUGUCAAAAAGUGUCGAACAGCUGGAAACGGAAAUGGUUCCGAUUUCAUUGAGGAAGAUGCCCCCCCCCCCCCCCCUCGCCCCGCCCCACCCCCCAUUGCUUUUGCUCACUAUUGGACUCUCAACCGCAUCCGAAUCAUUCAUUGAUGAAGACGUAGAAUUAACAGUUUAACUUUUUUUGUGUACUUUUGUUGGGGUUGUCAUCUGCGCUGUAUUUUUUUUUUAUCCAUGUUGAGGAUUUGUCACUUGCCUCCCUCAUUUCCUUCCAUGUCGGUUUGUCUCUGUUUUUUGGGAGGGUGGGAGGGGUGGUUGUUGUCUGCACUGCAUUUUUAUCCAUAUUCUUCUCCUUUUUUUCACCCAAAACAUAUAUCACCAAUCAGUUCAAAGAAAAAAAACAUUGUUUUACAUCCAAAGUUGACGGCACAUAGUUUAUUCAAGCAAAAUCACCGUGAUCAGCUGUUGCUUUUCUUGUGUUCUUUGCUCUUCCCAUAUAAAUCAAUGCAGCAGCCAUGUACGCGCUCUAGAGGGCAUAUGUGUUUGAUUUCCGGCAGCCAGUGAAGAUAUUUGUAAUAAAAAAUAAAAAAAAAAAAUGUUUUGGUCGCUAAGCAUGGCAGUACAGUCAAUAUCUGCUCUUGGCGACCAUUACAUGAGUGAAAGUGAACUGCACUGAUGCCAAUCGAGCGUCGGUCAAGCUGCCAGUUGAAGCUAUGUGGGGUUGACAAUAAGGUAGAUGAUACUCCAGCCUGUCACAUUGAUACCAUAGCCUUUACGGCUUUUAUCGUGCAAGGUGGACAUUUGCUCUUCUGCUAAACUGUGGUCCUCGAAGGCAUCGGGGAAAAAAACCUUGGCUGCUCCUUUUUUAGUUUCUGCAAUACUUUUUGCUUUACAAAGUACACCAUGAAAAAGCAAAAGACCGCUCUUAUAGAGUGGCUCAAAUAGAUUCUGAUGGAGACUUGGGACUAUUUGAGGACACUUUACUUGUAAAGCGUUGGUGGAUUUACAUGUCUGUGGCGUCUUAAAAUUGUAUUUGGGAAUUCCCUUCAAACAUUAAAUAAAGACUGAUGCAGACUACUGUACUUGGGGCUGUUUUUCCAUUGAAUAUAUAUAAUAUAUUGAUUACUAAAAAGUGCUGAGACCACAAGGGAUGAAGUACAUUCAUUUAUGUCAGGGGUGGGCAAAUAUAUUGAGUUAACAAAAUUUUCCGGGGGGCCAGAACAUACGUAUAUUUAACACACACACACUAUUUUAUGCUUAUUUUCCUUGAAUUAUUUGUCUAAUUUUAUCUGUAAAAGUGUUAUACUAUCAGCUGUAUGUUCUCAUGUCCCUUUUUUAGGAGCACUUUAAACAUCAGACCACAUUUAUUGUUAUUUGUAUGUUAUUUUUUGUUUUUGUUUUUUUUUUUUAACUAAAGACAAGUCAUGUUGCCAGUUUGUAUGUUAAAAGUUGAAAUAAUUAGAAAGCAACUGAAGGGCCGGAUUCAAACGCUUGGUGAGUCGCAUGUAGCCCCCGAGCCGUAGUUUGCCCACCCCUGAUUUAUGUCAAUGUGUGUUUUUUUUUUUUUCCAGAAUCAGAUUUAUUGUGUUGUUUCCAACCUUUCAAUCACCUGCACAAACUAGUUUGCCUGUAACU